AAAAACAUAAAUAUUGAUUAGAGAAGAUACGGCUUGAAGUGGUCUACGUUUAUAUUUAGUCGCGCUUUGAUUGUUUGUUUGAAGGUUUAGUCACAGUAUGGCUUUUAUUGUGGUUUAGUGCUUAUGUUUGCUGUUCAGAAUAAUUAUUUGUAUAGCAGAUUCAGUGAUUGAUAUUACCAGGUUGGCAAAAAUACGGUUGAAAAGAAUAAUCGCGUACGAUUUUUCACACAUUCGUAGCAAGAGUUUCAGAAACACAAGAAUCAAGUAUGAACUCAAGCCAUCUGGCGUUUUUAUUAAGCAUAUUUGCUACCACGCAAGCCUUGGACAAUGGUCUUGCUCUAACACCUCCUAUGGGAUGGAUGCACUGGCAGAGAUUCAGAUGUUUGAUCGACUGUGAUAUUUACCCAGAUGAGUGUGUCAGAUGUGAACCGUCAAUUAAUGUUAUAUCUGAUCCAAUCAGAUUUCCCAGCGGAUUGAAGAACCUGUCAGACUACGUACACGGUAAGGGGUUGAAAUUUGGAAUUUACGGAGACUAUGGAACCCUUACGUGUGGUGGUUACCCAGGCAGUAAAGAUUACUUGGAAAUCGAUGCGAAUACUUUUGCCGAAUGGGGCGUGGAUUACUUGAAAUUGGAUGGCUGUUAUUCGGAUUAUCAUACGAUAGAAGGAGGUUACAUCAAAAUGGGCAAAUAUUUGAACGCGACCGGUCGUCCAAUAGUUUACUCUUGCAGUUGGCCAGCCUAUCAAGAACCUGAAGGGCUGAAAUCGAAUUAUUCGUUGUUGUCGGAGGUAUGCAACCUUUGGAGAAACUGGGACGACAUUGAAGAUUCCUGGUAUAACGUUACCGAAAUUUUGCAAUGGUUCGCUGAUAACCAGGACAGGAUUUCGCAGUUUUCUGGCCCGGGGCACUGGAACGACCCAGAUAUGCUGAUCAUUGGAAAUUACGGUCUGAGCUUCGAACAAAGCAAGGCCCAAAUGGCCAUUUGGGCCGUAAUGGCUGCUCCUCUCAUUAUGUCUGUUGAUUUACGCACAAUCGAUCAGAAAGCAAAAGAUAUUCUCCUCAACAAAGAUGUGAUAGCCGUCAAUCAGGAUCCUUUAGGGAUCAUGGGUCGACUUGUUUUAACCAAAGAAAGGAUCGAUAUUUGGACCAAGCCGGUGCUUCCAAAAAUAGACGACAGUUAUUCGUAUGCAAUUGGAUUUCUAAGUCACAGAGUCGAUGGGUACCCUCGCAGAAUUAAUUUCACGUUGUCCGAAUUGGGUAUUAAUAGUUCUAAACAAUAUACUCUGAAGGAUCUUUUCGAACCAGAAAAUGAACAGAAGAUUGUAACAACUAAGAAACUUGUUUUUAUAAGAGUUAAGCCUACAGGUGGUGUACUACUUUUAGCUACUCCAGAAGAUAAUUCUAUCAAGAACCAGAAAAGAUGAUUUUUGAAAAAACUGACUAUUGAUCGAUUUAGGAAAUAAAUAAUUACAUUGUUUGGUGUUUUUUUACAAAUACUGUUCAUUUUCAUUCAACGAUAGUGUUAGUUGUAUUAAAGUAAAAUGAGAUGUCUCUUUA